AUGUCCUCAAAUCAUCAAGGCCCCUUCCUCCCACCACCGCCACCGGACAAGAUGGAGGACAACAUCACAAUGUUGCUCGUGUGGCUUCGUCAGAUGCAAUUGAAUUCAUCCACCCCUCCUUCGCGUCGCCUUCAGGCCUACUAUAUCAUCAAUUUCUACGGCCAGCACCACAAUCCCUAUCGCCUUAUGGCACAGACCACUGCUAUGUGUCGAGGCGAGCUGGUCUGCCCUCAGCCCUCUAUCAUCAGUUCUAAUCCUGAGCCUUCGACUCUCGUCGAGCGUUGGGGAAAGCAGAUCGAGGAUGCAGUCAUCGAGUUUCACAUUGUACCAGCCAUUUCUGACUUUGAAGCUCAUCCCUUUGAGAUCUUUACUUUCUUGCCUAAGGACUUUGAAGGGAGAGUGGAUGCCAAAACCAAUCUUGAAGCCCACAAUAAGAUGCUGGAAUAUGAACGACUCGGCCAUGUUCAGCUUAUGGCAUACGCCAAACGCUUCGGCUAUCACCACAUCUUUCGAGGUGGGCUACGGGAAUACUAUCUAACAAAGCUCAUUGCUGAGCACUAUAACUUUUUGAGAGUGGAUCAUCGCAGUCAUGAAUGGCGUCGUCGCACUCAGAAGAUCUUCUAUGACCUUCUAGACAAGCAACCAAACAUGACAUUGGAAGAGCUUAGAGUUGUCAUCAGAAGCACUCGAGCAUAUCCCUACGACAUACUUCUCUUCCGCAACUGGUUGAUCAAAAGCCGCAGAACGUACCACGCAAUGCGCGCCUGCAUCUCUAUCAUGACGGAUGAAGCUUUUGAAAUGUGA